AUGAUUGAUAGAAUUUUCUGUUUUGUUUGUCGUGCAUUUGCUCAUAAAGUCACUGGUAGCAUUGGUCGAGUCGAUUCUGCUUUCACCACAAGAGGCACACAAGCAAGUCAAUGGAAAGAAGCUCGUAAAGUACUUGCAAAACAUCAAGCUAGUACUGUCCAUAAGCAAGCAUCACUAUCUUAUUGUGAUUUUCUGUCACUUGUACCAAUCAAUAUGCAGUUGGACAGAGCUGCAGCCAUCGAAGCAUGUAGGCUAAAGGAGCAACAAGAGAGAAAUCGUCAAGCCCUUUAUCGUAUAAUUGAUGUGAUUACUUUAUUAGUUAGGACUGGUCAUCUGUUACGUGGUCACCGGGAAGGAGCUGACUCUAACAAUAGGGGACUAUUUCUAGAGAUAGUAAAUCUUUUGUCACAAUAUGAUGGUGUCCUAAAGCAUCACUUCGAUACAUGUCCCAGAAAUGCUACAUAUGUAUCAAAAGAUAUCCAGAAUGACAUAAUAUCAACUCUUUAUCAUAUCAUGAUUGAAGAAGUGAAGAAAGAGCUCCAUGCUGCAUCAUAUUUCAGUGUGAUGAUGGAUGAAGCUAGUGACUUUGGACACAAGGAACAAGUUGCUGUAGUCGUUCGAUAUGUUGAUCGGGAAUGCGUCAUUCAAGAAAGAUUCAUAGAUAUUUCGUCCACUGACAGCACUGAUGCCGGAGCACUGUUCCAGAUAUUGUUAGCUAGUAUUGCCAAAGGUUGGAUUGAAUACAGAUAA